AUGAUCAACCCUCAAGUCAAAUUACCCAUUAUGUAUCUGCCCACAUUUGACGGUAGUUAUGAUAAAUGGUUUAAUUUUCACGAUACAUUUCAGGCAUUAGUGGAUAACAAUUCGGAACUUAGCAAAAUUCAAAAAUUUUAUUAUCUGUGUUCCGCACUUCGAGACACAGCUAUAGACGUAAUACAAUCCCUUGAGGUUUCAGCUGAAAACUAUGCCACCGCAUGGAGUUUAUUAAGGCGACAAUUUGAUAAUCGACAACAUUUAAUAUCUAACCAUAUUCAAUCAUUACUCGAUCUGUCAGUGUUACAGCGAGAAUCAGGUACGUUAAUCCGUAAAUUAGUAGACGAUAUUCAAAAACACGUGCACGCGUUGCGAACUAUGAAGGCGGAUAGAUGGGAUGUUAUUGUUGUACAUUUGCUUAAUUUAAAAUUAGACAAGGUUACGCAGCGCAAAUGGAGAGUCGAAAAAAGAAAACGCGACGACGUUACAUUGGACGAUUUUAUCACAUUUUUGGAGAACCAAGCAACAAUUGUAAAUACCGAUGAUUUUAAUAAACCAAAGUUAACCAAUUUUUCGAAUAUAAAACGCGAUAGAACAUCGCGCACAGGUCGCGGGAUGGAAUCUGCAGCGACCUACGUGGGCACGAAUCAAACCAAGUGUCCGGGUUGCGAGGGUUUCCAUCGUCUAUAUCAAUGUCAUAAAUUUCAGGCGAUGUCUGCGUCGCAACGCGUGACCGAAGUCAAUCGACUUAAGCUAUGUCCGAUUUGUUUGCGAGAUCAUUCUGGUCGGGAGUGUACUUGGAAGGGUUGUAGACUGUGCGGUGGACGUCACAAUACGUAUUUGCACAUGGAAUCGGCCCCGUAG